AUGGAUGCUGUUAAGUCAAUCAACAUGCUAAGGUCCUCCUUUUUGCGAGGAUCAUUUGACGAAGGAUUAGCGAAACGAAUCAUUAAGCCAUACGUGCCUGACUUUGAAGAACAGGGCGAGAUACCUCUGGAACUCCGAGAUUUAUAUCGUUUGGAUGAUGGAGCCGAUCUGUUAGACACGUUGGAAUCACCAUCAAUCUCAGAAAAUUAUAUGGCCGAAAUUGAAUUGUUACAAAGAGCUCGGUUCCAACAGAAAAUACCUUCGGCAAAGGAUCCACGCUUCAAGGAAGGCGCCCGUCCAAAUCUCAAAGCCGGCGCCCGGGAUCGGCGACAAAAGGUGUCAGGUGUGUCGCAGACAGCGGAGAGGCACACGCUCUUGAAUAAAUCCAAAGCCGAAAAUCUGCACGGGCAAGUGCCAGCGUUGGACAAGAAGGUUGACGUCAAUGUAGGCGAGGGGCCAGUUACUUCUCUAACCACGAGCAUAUCACGGGGCCAACAUGAUUCAAAAGGUAAACGAAAAGCUUUGUCGUUUUCGCGAAUUUUCAAACCGCAAAACAACCAGGGAACUGUUGAUGAAUUUCGAAGGCCAUCUGCUACAAGUGUAGAAAUCAAAACCACAGACUCACACCAGCCAAUCGGGAAACAGUCUAAAGACCUUGGUUUCUAUGAUGGGGCAUUCAAUUACGACGAAAUACUGGAAGAUGACGAGGAUGACGAGGAUGACGAUGAAGAUGAUCUAGAACAAAACGAUGGAUUUUUCCUAGGUGGGCUGCCAAAAAGCCCUGAAAGCAAACAAAAUAAGCCAGCGAAAUUAGGGAACUUUCCACGAUAUGCUCAAAAUUUUUUAUCAGUGUCCGAUGAAAACAAUAAUCCGGUGCUAGCUGGUUUAGACGGUAAAGUUUCCAAUCAAACGCCGGACACAGAAACAAUCAAAAGUGCUAGUAGGAAGGAAGACGUUUCUGACCUUGAUUCGUAUAUGGAUGAAAAUGAUUUGCGGGAGUUAGAUUUGGAGGAUAAAGGCCAUUCUAAUGAUGUCACUCACAACACAUACCUGAGGCAUAUCUCAUCAACAGACUUUAUCAACGGAAGUAAUAAUUUGGUUUCCAGCAGCAACAGCUACGUGGCUUCGAAUGCUUCUUCUUAUGGACAAUCCCUGUUAGAUUCAGAAAUUGAAGAACUUGAGACGCAAAGCCUCUGUCAUGAACGCAGUUCAGUACUUGAUGAUUCUCUUUUGGCAGAUGAACUUUUCAUAUCAGAAUCUCUUCCUGGUCACUCUAUUCCUCGGUCUCAUGCCUUCAAGUACAUGGAUGGUAAUCAGCAAGCGCCUUUUUCAAGCCAAAGUCCAUCGCUGAAUUCUGACGCCGACAAGUUGAAAGAUCAGAGCUUCUCGAUCUCAUUCACAGCUCGACGCUCUGAUCAGUUUGGCGCUAGUAAGAAAGGAAUAGUCAAUCCCAGGAGUCUUUCUAAUAGCACAACAAAGGCAAUCAGGGGACUACAUAGAACUGCCAGCAGUACGGGGCCCACCAAUUCCAUGAAGGAGAAUAUAAGACACAAACGUUCUGCGAGCGACUCCAAAAGCCAAGGUAAAUUCUCGAAGACAAAUUUUGAUUUAUCAGUAUUCAAAAAGGUGGAACCCUCAAAGUCGGAUCCGCCCACAGCUUCGCAAUUGACAAAUAUAUUUAAGCAAAAAGAGUCUCAAAGUUCGAAUCCUUUAGCUUAUUUUUCGUUUGUUUCAGGAGACCAAGUGCCUAAAUCCGAGUCUAUGAAUCUUUAUGUUUACAUUCAAGACUCCAUCGAAUACAGGAGUGAACCAAUUAAUGUCGGUGUUCGGAAGUCUUCAUCUACCUUUGAGGUCAUAGGUUUCAUUUUGUAUCAAUACUCCACUAGAUACAAAUCUGACUGUGAUCGUUCAGGCUUGAGUCCCGAAGAAUUGAUCAAACCGAAUAUGUUUGUACUUAAAAUUGUUGAUGAAGAUGGGGAGCCUUUUGAAGAUAAUUUUGGAACCGUGGAGAGAAAAAAGCCAAUUGGAAAUCUUUUUGACAAUGAAGUUGUUUUGUGCAAAGUUAAAAGUCAAAAAGAGUUCGACGAUAAUGAAUUAUUGACACCUAAUCCGAACCUUGACCUUCAGGUUGAAUUCCUUCCAGUUGACGCUCUCGCGACGAAGAAAGGUACCACGGACGCUAGCAUAAAUCAGUUGAGCUACUACAAGCCCAUAUUAAAAGAACAGUCGAUUUUUCUUCAGGAAGAAAAAGAGAGCAUAAAAGCCAACAUAAGGGUGUUUCUAUUUCCCAAUACAAAUCCCGAGUUCAAUUUUACAACACUUCACGUUUCAGUUUCUACCUCGCUUGACGCUAUCUUACUACAAUAUUGCAGCAUGAAAUCUAUGAAACCUUCAGAUUAUGCCCUGAAAUUAAGUGGGAAAAAUGUAGUAGCCAAUUUAGAGGAUAGUGUUGGUGAGCUGGAUGGGAACUAUGAUCUAGAACUUAUUUCGAUUAAACAAGUCAAGGCGCUCGGACUAAAAAAAAUGAAGACAUCGACUUUUGGCAAGCCUACUUUACCGACUAUCCAAAGUGCGGAUUUGACUCCUGACACGGGCGGCCAAAAUCGAUUCCUAGCUGCUGUCGAUCCUCUGAAAAUGAACAGCGAUGAAAGACACCCCAAUAACAAGAGAUCAGGCAUCUCACCAAAUAAACGAAGUUUGGCGAAAGAAAAACCUAUGUCAUCGAAAUUGUCUCAAUUAAAUGAGCCGACUGCUGGAGGCGGAGGGUUUUUCAAGCUGAAAAACUCGUCAAAAUCAUCCUUGAGGGGAGGAAGGAGGGCUUCCUAUACAGACAGGUCAGGGAUAAACUUAGAUCCUAGCUUUAAUGAUGCUAUCACGGGAGCUUAUUAUAAGUACAGGGUCUGGAGAAGGCAGCAGAUGUCUUUCAUUAAUAAACAUGAAAGGACGCUCGCUAUUGAUGGGGACUAUCUUUACAUUAUUCCUCCCGAAAAUGGUUUCAACCGGCAUCAUGAAACUGCAAAAACAAAAUGCUUCCAUCUUAGUCAAGUAGUUCUGAUUCAGAAAUCAAAUCGUGUUCCAGAGUAUUUCAAAAUAUUUGUUAACCGCUCGGCUGGGUUGAAACGAUAUUACUUCGAGGCUGUGAGUGAUGCUGAAUGUGAGGAACUGGUUUCUCGUGUCAACAGUCUUCUGUCAGCAUAUAAAAUGGAUCACAAAGGCAGUAUUCAUUGA